AUGCGGGGGUCAUGCGGCUCGAAAGGUUGGUUUGGCCAACAGCUGCCGUGCCCAUACGAUGGCCCACCAUUAGAGCUCGAGGGGAGUGAAGGCCGAGACAUGCUCGUAUCCUUUUGCGGCCCAGAAUAUGCGCAGGGUCCGACUUGUUGCACGUCUGACCAAGUUGAAACAUUGCGAGAUUCCUUGUCCCAGGCGGAACCAAUCAUUUCGUCUUGUCCCGCUUGUCGGAAUAACUUCAGGUCUUUCUUCUGCUCAUUCACAUGCUCGCCCCAACAAGGCUCUUUCCUGAACGUCACCGAAACACAGAAAUCGAGUACAGGCGAAACUGCAGUCAAGUCUGUUGAUUUCUUUGUUGGAGAGCGGUUUGCUUCCGGUUUCUAUGAUAGCUGCAAGAACGUACAAGUCGGGGCAACGAAUGGGUACGCUAUGGAUCUCAUAGGAGGAGGUGCAAAAACAUAUGCAGAGUUCCUCAAGUUCCUCGGGGACGAGAAAGAUAUCGGAAGUCCAUUCCAAAUCAAUUUCCCUCAAACUCCUGCAGGUGUCAACCCAUUUACCUCGAUUCCCAGGAGCUGUGUGGACAACGACCUCGGCAGUCGGUGUGCAUGUAUUGACUGUCCGGACGUAUGUCCGGAACUCCCAUAUAUUCAUCUGCCAGGACAGGAACCGACAUGUCUUGUCGGCCCUUUGACUUGUCUGUCUUUUGUCUUGACGCUGGCCUACGUCCUCGCAGUUGUUUCCUUCCUUUUUGGAUACUUCCUACAAGUUGCCAUGCGAAGGCAGAGAGAGAAGAGAUACGAACGCAUGGUUUUAUCUUCGGAUGCCGCGUCGACCACUCUUUCGCCAAAGAACAGAACCCGCAGCCUAGUUGGGGCUUCAUCACUCUCACAACUCGACGGCGAUGACUCACUCGGAGCGCAUUCAAACGAUUCAAGACAUCUCGGUCGCGGAGCAUCCCUACUGGACCCAAUUGCAACAUCUCAGCCCCGCCGAUACCACUUAAACAAUCUUCUCGGGCGAAAGUUCUACCAACUUGGCCUUCUGGCUGCUUCCUCCCCCUUUCUGACGUUUGCUAUUGUGUUUACCGCUAUUGGCCUCCUUAAUCUCGGUUGGAAGAAGUUCGCGAUAGAGACAGACCCGGUCAGGCUAUGGGUUGCUCCAGACUCUGAAAGCAAAAUGCAAAAGGAGUUUUUUGAUGCGCACUUCGGGCCGUUUUACCGCGCACAACAGAUAUUUGUCACGAAGGCAACGGAUGCUUACACAGUCCCAGAAAAUGUGUCGCUUGUGUCGACAUGUGGGGCUGUACUCUCAUUUGACCACCUCAGGUAUUGGUUGGCCGUCGAAAGCGAUAUACGUGAACUGCGUUCAUCACCCAAUGGCUACGGGAUUGAAGAUGUUUGUUUCAAACCUGCAGGACCCAGUGGCGCGUGUGUAGUGCAGUCCAUUGGGGCAUGGUUCUCCAACGAUCUCAGCGGUUACGACGAGGAGUCAUGGAGAGAUCGUGUUCUCCAUUGUGCGAAUUCCCCAGUCGAUUGUCUCCCCGAUUACCAACAGCCUUUGGGGCCGCGAUAUGUGCUGGGUGGCGUACCAGAGAACAGUGCAGGAGAAAAAUCAUUUCUUGAGGCCGAGGCCAUGGUCAUCACAUACGUGGUGUCCGACUCUUUGGAUCCCAACGAGCAGGCGAAAGCUAUGGAGUGGGAGCAGGCCCUCAAAGAGUACCUGCUGGAGCUCAGCGAUACCAUUGAUACUGAUGCCGGUUUGCAUAUCGCUUUCUCGACUGGCGUGUCACUGGAAGAGGAAAUCAGUAAGAGUACUAAUACUGACGCCAAAAUUGUCGUUCUCUCGUACUUGGCCAUGUUCUUAUACGUCUCUUUGGCGUUGGGAAAGUGGGAAGCAACCGAUGAAGGAGUCCGUUCCAGCGUCGGGUCGUCUUCGAUAUUUGUCGACUCACGGACUUCACCACGCAUCUUGCCCCGCCUGCCUCGUAGCCUCUUUGUGAAUUCCAGGAUGUGCCUCGGCCUAUUUGGUAUCGGACUUGUUAUUUUGUCGGUGUCAUCUUCCGUCGGUCUUCUUUCUCUGCUUGGGGUGAAGACGACUUUGAUUAUAGCAGAAGUUAUUCCUUUCCUUGUCCUCGCCGUGGGCGUGGACAAUGUCUUCAUACUAGUUCACGAACUUGAUCGGCAGAAUCUUCGUCAUGGCCCCAAUGCAGUGCAAAAUUCUGCCGCCGGGGGGCCUCGCUCUCCUACCCAAUCUCAUCGUUCCCCCUUAGAUUCAACCUGGGAAAAUUCCGUCGACGCUGAAUCCAUACCGUCCUUCCGCUCCGCAGAAGAACGCGUAGCGAUGACCUUGGCGAAAAUGGGGCCCUCUAUCCUCCUCAGUUCGGUCACUGAGACGGUUGCUUUCGGGCUGGGAGCAUUGGUUCCAAUGCCAGCAGUUCGAAACUUUGCACUAUAUGCGGCUGGCAGCGUAUUAUUAAAUGCUAUUCUGCAAGUGACGGUCUUCGUUAGUGCACUUUCCUUGGACCUGAGGCGAGCGGAGUCCAGUCGGGUUGAAUGUCUCCCAUGUAUACGACUGUCAUCCCGAAUUGCAUUGUUGGACGCUCCUAACCAUCGGGGACCCGGCGGAAUUGCACAUUUCAUUCGUCGACACUAUGCACCUUUCCUCCUACAUCCAGUCGUCAAGGGUUUUGUGGUGCUGCUUUUUUCGGGACUGUUCGUGUUAUCUGUUAUAUCCAUGCAACAUGUCGAGCUCGGCCUUGAUCAGAGACUAGCACUUCCGUCAGAGUCGUAUCUCAACGACUACUUUGACCACCUCGAGGUCUACCUAGACAUUGGCCCACCAGUUUAUUUCGUUGUGCACAGUACCGACGUCACACAACGUCCUAAUCAGCAAAAGCUUUGCGGCCGUUUCACUACAUGCGACGACCUCUCCGUUGCCAACGUACUUGAGGCUGAACGAAAGCGACCGGACUCUUCGUUCAUCUCCCAACCAACAGCAUCGUGGAUAGAUGACUUUCUCAAAUGGCUCGACCCCGCUAUGGAGACAUGUUGUCGCGUCCGAAAGAGAGAUCCUUCCAGGUUCUGUGCACCUAGAGAUUCGGAGCGACUGUGCCAGCCUUGUCUAUAUGGUAGAGAACCCCAAUGGAACAUCACAAUGACUGGACUUCCCGAAGGGGAAGAAUUUAUGCGAUACCUCCAGCAAUGGCUCAUCUCUCCCACUGACGAAGAAUGCCCGCUGUCUGGCAGAGCAUCUUACAGAAGCGCGCUCUCCCUGGAUGAUGAAGGUGUGGAAGUGGUGGCCUCCCACUUCCGCACAAUGCAUUCUCCGUUACGGUCUCAAGCGGACUUCAUUAACUCGUUUGCAGCCGCCCACCGCAUCGCGGAUGACAUCUCCGAGCAUAUGGGAUUGAAGGUGUUCCCUUAUUCACUCCAUUAUGUCUUCUUUGAUCAGUAUGCCCAUAUCAUCGCCAUCGCGCAAGAAAUCCUCGGUCUCGGUCUUGCUGCGGUGCUAGUCAUCACAGCACUGCUCUUAGGUUCAUGGCGGAGCGGUACCAUUGUUACCGGCGUAGUCGCGCUCACUGUGGUAAACGUGAUGGGCGUUAUGGCCGUUUGGGACAUCAACCUCAACGCCAUCAGUUUGGUGAACCUGGUAAUAUCCCUCGGAAUCGCAGUGGAGUUUUGUGCCCAUGUUGCAAGGGCAUUCAUGAACCCUAGCUCUGACUUAUAUGUAGACCAACCAGCGGGACAGAAGGAAAGAGACGCAAGGAUGUGGGCUGCCUUGGCCGAUGUUGGCCCUUCGGUUUUGUCUGGGAUUACUUUUACCAAACUGAUCGGCGUAUCUGUUCUUGCCUUGACGAGAUCACGCCUGCUAGAGAUUUACUAUUUUCGCAUGUGGCUUACGUUAAUUGUAGCGGGCGCACUCCAUGGACUGGUGCUACUCCCAGUUGUUUUAAGCCUUGCCGGAGGACCAGGCUUUGCACAGGAGACGGAUGAGGAUUGGAUGGCCAAAGUCAUUCGGAAUGAACAUACACCGUUGCUUGCCGACGACUCCUCUGUCUUGAGCGACUGA